AUGAAGAUUGUCAUGCAAACAGGGACCUACACUGUGACCACCCCCUCAACUCUGGGGCGCCUCCUCCUGGUUAAGCUGGAGAAAGAGCAGUACCUGUUCCUGCCAGAAAACAAGUGGUUCUGCUCCAAGGUUGUCGUGACGACACCUGAGCAUGAUGUCAUCUACUUCCCCUGUUACAAAUGGGUGUCCAGAGGGGAGGUUGUGGAGCUGAGAGGAGGAAAAGCCAGUAAGGUUUUUGAGGAUGAGCUCCCUCUACUGGUGCACCAUCGUAAAAAGGAGCUGGAGCGUCACAAGAAACUGUUCCAGUGGAAUGAGUUUGCUGAGGGACUUCCCCACAUUAACAGUGCCAAAGAACUAUCAGCCCUUCCUGCUGAAGUUCUCUUUUCCUUUUCCAAAGAGGUAGAGACAAUCUACACAAGAGAAUCAGGAAUGUUUGAGCUCAAACUGAAGGGCCUUGCAGACUCCACCAAGCAGUGGGAAGACUUUGAUAAGAUGAAAAAGGUAUUCUGGUUCAGAAAGACACCCAUCUCAGAAUAUGUCUCUGAGCACUGGAAGGAGGAUGACUUUUUCGGGUCCCAGUUUCUGAAUGGAACCAACCCCAAUGUGAUCCAGCGCUGCACAACACUUCCCCCCAACUUCCCUGUCACAGAUGAGAUGGUACAGCCCUCCCUGGAGGACGGGAGUUCCCUGGAGACGGAGAUGAAGAAAGGAAACAUAUUUAUUUGUGACUACAAGAGGCUUGAGGGUGUGCCAACCCGGGUGGUAAACGGUGAACCACUGCCUCUCACUGCUGCUCUCUGCCUGUUCUACAAUAACCCAGAGGACAAUCUGACACCUAUCGCCAUCCAGCUGGAGCAGCAGCCCUCUGAGCAGAACCCCAUAUAUCUGCCUAGCGACUCUGAGCACGACUGGCUGCUAGCCAAGAUGUUUGUGAGGAACGCGGAUUUCAUUGAACACCAGAAUAGCUACCAUCUGCUGGGCACUCAUUUACUGGCUGAGGCCUUUGCCAUGGCAACCCUCCGGAGCCUUCCUAUCAUGCACCCUCUCCACAAGUUGCUGAUUCCCCACUUCCGUUAUACCUUUCCGGUAAACACCAUUAGCCGUGAAAUACUUUUUGGACCUGAAGAAGGCUUAACUAAGGACACCACUUUAGGACUGGAGGGGUUGAAGGAACUCUUGAAAAGGGCACACUCAGAAAUCACCUACAGCUCCCUCUGUCUGCCGGAGAACAUUGUUGCACGAGGACUGGAGUCCAUCCCCAACUUCUACUACAGGGAGGACGGCCUGAAGCUGUGGAACGUCAUCAACAGCUUUGUCCAGGGGAUGGUGGAGCACUUCUACUCCUCUGACAGUGAAGUGUCCAGGGACUCUGAGCUUCAGGACUGGAUCAACGAGAUCUUCAUUCAUGGGUUCCUUGGAAACGGAAAGUCAGGAAUCCCUCAACGAUUUGACACAGUGAAGGAGGUCAUCAAAUUCAUCACCAUGGUGAUCUUCACUGUGUCAGCACAACAUUCCGCUGUCAGCAUGGGACAAUUUGACUACUGCAGCUGGGUACCCAACAGCCCCAUAUUUCUUUGCAAAGCUCCUCCCACCACUAAGGGGUGCUCUAGCAUGAGCACCAUUUUUGAGACACUGCCAGAUGUCGGCUCAACAGUGAGGGGAAUGGCUUCCAUAUGGCUGCUCAGCAAGAAAUACUCAGACUUUAUCCCCCUUGGCUCAUACCCAAAUCAAUACUUUGACGAGACUGAUGGAUACUUUGACGUGACCAAGCAGAUGAUGAAGCACUUUCAGGCAGAGUUAUCCUACCUCAGUGAGUCAAUCACUGAGAGGAAUUCCACAUUUACACCACCUUAUAACUACCUGAACCCUGCAGAGAUGGAGAAUAGCGUAUCUAUGUGA